AUGGCAAAGGACUGCCGGAAAUUUGACUACGUGCCUCUUCUUGCGGUCGAAAGCGCCUCCCGGUCGAGAGGAUUUCCACCACAAUAUCGUCAAAUCAUCUCUGUCUGCUGCGUCCUCCCGAUACUGGGUGCGCAAUGGACUGACGGAGAAGAGAAAAAGACGAUUUGGAAGUUUUCUUGCCGGCCGGGAGAAGACGGCUUUCUUUUCAGAGCAUGCUUAGAAAACACGGCUGACGAUGGAACACUUUUGUCACCUUCAGGUAUCGAUCUUAACCGCCACCACGUCAAGGGCACUCAUCGCGAGAACCCCAAGAGCGACAAUGUCUACCUCAAGCUCUUGGUGAAGCUCUACCGCUUUCUUGCACGCCGCACGGAUGCCAGCUUCAACAAGGUCGUUCUCCGACGCCUCUUCAUGUCCAAGAUCAACCGGCCCCCCGUCUCGCUGUCCCGCAUCGUCGGCAACAUCAACAAGGAGGGGGAGAAGCGCACCGUCGUCGUUGUCGGCACCGUCACCGACGACAACCGCCUUCUGACCUUCCCCAAGGUCACUGUCGCUGCUCUGCGAUUCACCGCCACCGCUCGCGCCCGCAUCCUCAAGGCCGGCGGUGAGGCCAUCACCCUGGAUCAGCUUGCUCUUCGUGCUCCCACAGGCAGCAACACUCUCAUCCUGCGUGGACCCAAGAACUCUCGCGAGGCUGUCAAGCACUUUGGCAUGGGUCCUCACAAGCACAAGAAGCCCCACGUCGUCUCCAAGGGCCGCAAGUUCGAGCGUGCUCGUGGCCGAAGACGCUCUCGCGGCUUCAAGGUUUAA